CUGGGGAUCCUCACUUCCGGUACUCGCGUUGUGGUGGUGGCGGACGAGUGACCCUCGGACGUUCCCGGUCGCGCUGUGGGUCCGCACUUUCCUUAGCCGCGCCAUGACCCGAGACGCAGAACCCCGUGACGAGCUGCCGGACUGGGUGGGGGCCAAAGAGUUCUACCAGAAAUACGACCCCAAGGAGAUCAUCGGCAGGGGGGUGUCCAGCACGGUGCGGCGCUGCAUCCACAGAGACACCAGACGGCAGUAUGCCGUGAAGAUCAUUGAGGUGACACCAGAAAGGAUGAGUCCAGAACAGCUGCAAGAGGUCCGACUGUCCACUGCCAAGGAAAUGGAGAUCCUACACCAAGUUUCCCAACAUCCCUUCAUCAUCACACUGAUUGAUUCAUACGAGUCCUCCACAUUCAUAUUCCUGGUUUUCGACUUGAUGAAGAGGGGCGAGCUGUUUGACUACCUAACAGAGAAGGUGACCUUGAGUGAGAAGGAGACCAGGUGCAUCAUGCGUUCUCUGUUGGAGGCGGUCUCGUAUCUACACGCACAUAACAUUGUUCACCGUGAUCUGAAACCAGAGAAUAUUCUCAUGGACGACUGUCUGAACAUCAAGCUUUCUGACUUUGGCUUCAGUUGUGUUUUGAAGCCUCAGGAGAAGCUGCGAGAACUCUGUGGGACACCAGGAUAUUUAGCUCCAGAAAUCCUCAAGUGUUCAAUGGACGAAACCCACCCAGGAUAUGGAAAGGAGGUGGAUCUGUGGGCAUGUGGGGUGAUUAUGUUUACGCUCCUGGCUGGCUCGCCUCCAUUCUGGCAUCGUAGACAAAUGUUAAUGCUCCGCAUGAUUAUGGAUGGACGCUAUCAAUUCAGUUCUCCAGAGUGGGAUGACCGAUCGGCGACAUCAAAAGAUCUGAUCUCCGGUCUUCUUGAGGUGUCACUAGAGAAGCGUCUUACAGCAGACCAAGCCCUUCAGCACCCAUUUUUUCAAAGUCACCAACGAGGCGGUGGCUCCACGGUCACUCCAUAUCACCGCUUCCGGAUCGCGGCUUGGACCGCUUUGGCUUGUGUCCGCAUUCUUGUUCGAUGGCGACGAGCUCGGCCCAUUACCCGUGAGCUUCUCAUAAGAGAUCCAUACGGAGUAAAGGGCAUCCGGAGACUUAUCGAUGGCUGCGCUUUCCGGAUUUAUGGGCACUGGGUGAAAAAGGGAGAAAGACAGAACCGCGCGGCUUUAUUUCAGAAUCAGCCGAAAGCCCUUUUAUUAACGAUGGGGGAUGAUGAGGACCAUGAUGGCGAACUGUAAGUGAUGCAAAAACAGGGUCUGAAGAGUAAGAGGAUCUGUCUGCUGCAGGACUGUUUACCCAUCAAGCGUCGGCAUCACGGGUCACACUGCAGCCAGCCGCACAAUAUCCUUCUGAGGGAUAGCCGCACUGCCAUCUACACACUAAUUACCUGUCAUCUGGAUCUCCAUAAGACCACACGCAGAUGAAGAACGCUCGGCAGCAGAUCUGUGCCAUGUGAACGGGGCCUGCCCCCACAUUCUCCUGGGUUAGUACACCAACCUGGAAACUAGUGUACACCCCAUUGUCCAGAUUUUACUGUUAAAGGGGUUGUAUAUGGCUGGCAGCUACCUCCCCCAAUCCCGACAUUGUGCCCUGUGGGUAAUCCGUUUUUGCUUGCGUCCUGUAGUGGGGCCUUGGAAUACAGGACGCACAUGCUCACUGCGCAUCUAUUUCUUCUCUUCAAUAACCCCCUCCUCCAGCUGCGUGUCAGUGACGGACGGACGACCACCUAUUAUAAAUCCAGUUACACAGAUCACUGACUGAACUGGUUACUGUUACACAGGACACAUCUCGCCGCCCUCUGGUCCGAGGACCGCAGUCACGUGACAAACCCGGACGUGGGAUUCAAGCAUGGGGGAUAAGAGAGAACUAGGAGUAGUUAUGGCACAACUCCUUUAAUGCUGUAUGACUUGUAUACGUGUCGCCAUGUCUAUGUAC